AUGGUCAAGUGGAGAAAGAAGAUCACCCAUUUUGAGCAAGAUGAAGAUGAGACCUUGAGAGAUGCUUGGGAAAGAUUCUCCGAUUAUCACCAUGGAUUCGAUGAGCAAUUUCGGAUUGAAACUUUCUACGGUGGACUUAUACAUGAAGACAAGAUUCUCUUUGACUCCCUUUGCCAAGGGAGAUUGAUGAAUAUGACCCCACCUCAAGUGACCGAUUUGCUCGAAGACAUGGCUCUCAAAGGAUACGAGAUACGAUUGGGGCUUGACGAGAAGUGGGAAGAGAAGCAAUGA